CCGCGCAGGCGCACUGACAUGCGAAGUUUUGGGUGGUUUGUGAAAAAUCCGAGCGCAAUCGACCGCGGGAGGAAGGGCCGAGCGGUCCCGGGAUUACCGGGUGGAUCGGAGGAAACCGGCAGAACCUUUGGUAUGUUGCCAUGGUGAUUUGGGGGAGAUACAGGCGACCCUGCUGACAGGAUGAAGAUUACUCGGCACGCCUGUUGUUGUAUCCUGACUAAUUUCAGUAAAACAGGAGACGGAGACAGAGUGAACCCUGGUAACUACAGUGACGGACUGGGCCUCCAGUAACCAUGGAGACAGAGCAGGUCCAGGUAAACACAGCGGCAGAGCAGGCCCUGGUCACCAAAGGAACAGAACAGGGCCUAUUAACCACAUUAAAGGAGUGGGUCAUAGUAACUACAGGGACAAAGAGGGCCCCGUCAACCACGGAGACAGAGAGGCCCCCGUUAACCACGGAGAAAGAGAGGGCCCAGUCAACUGCAGAGAAGGAGAGAGCCCUGUCAACCACAGAGAAAGAGAGGGCCCCAUCAUCCACAGAAAAAGAGAGGGCUCCGUUAACCACAGAGAAAGAGAGGGCCCCGUCAAUCAUGGAGAAAGAGAGGGCCCCGUCAAUCACGGAGAAAGAGAGGGCCCAGUCAACCACGGAGAUAAAGAGGGCCCUGUCAACUGCAGAGAAAGAGAGGGCCCUGUCAACCACAGAUAAAGCGAGGGCCCUGUCAAUCACGGAGAAAGAGAGGGCCCAGUCAACUGCAGAGAAAGAGAGAGCCCUGUCAACCACAGAGAAAGCGAGGGCCCCGUCAACCACAGAGAAGGAGAGGGCCCUGUCAACCAUGGAGAAAGAGAGAGCCCUGUCAACCGCAGACACAAAGACGGCCCCGUCAACUGCAGAGAAAGAGAGAGCCCCGUCAACCACGGAGAAAGAGAGGGACCCAUCAACCACAGAGAGAGAGAGGGCCCUGUCAACCGCAGAGACAAAGAGAGCCCCAUCAACUGCAGAGAAAGAGAGAGCCCUGUCAAUCACGGAGAAAAAGAGGGCCCCGUCAACCACGGAGAAAGAGAGGGCCCCGUUAACCACAGAGAAAGAGAGGGCCCCGUCAACCACGAAGAAAGGGAGGGCCCCGUCAACCACGGAGAAAGAUAGGGCCCCAUCAACUGUAGAGACAAAGAGGGCCCCGUCAACUGCAGAGAAAGAGAGAGCCCCAUCAACCACGGAGACAGAGAGGGCCCCGUCAACCACAGAGAAAGAGAGGGCCCUGUCAAUCACGGAGAAAGAGAGGGCCCCGUCAACUGCAGAGAAAGAGAGAGCCCUGUCAACUACAGAGAACGAGAGGGCCCUGUCAACCACAGAGAAAGCGAGGGCCCCGUCAACCACAGAGAAGGAGAGGGCCCUGUCAACCAUGGAGAAAGAGAGGGCCCCGUCAACCAUGGAGAAAGAGAGGGCCCUGUCAACCGCAGACACAAAGAGGGCCCCGUCAACUUCAGAGAAAGAGAGAGCCCCGUCAACCACGGAGAAAGAGAGGGACCCAUCAACCACAGAGAAAGAGAGGGCCCUGUCAACCGCAGAGACAAAGAGGGCCCCAUCAACUGCAGAGAAAGAGAGAGCCCUGUCAAUCACGGAGAAAGAGAGGGCCCCGUCAACUGCAGAGACAAAGAGGGCCACAUCAACUGCAGAGAAAGAGAGAGCCCUGUCAACCACGGAGAAAGAGAGGGACCCGCCAACCACAGAGAAAGAGAGGGCCCCGUCAACUGCAGAGACAAAGAGGGCCCCGUCAACUGCAGAGACAAAGAGGGCCCCAUCAACUGCAGAGAAAGAGAGAGCCCUGUCAACCACGGAGAAAGAGAGGGCCCCGUCAACCACAGAGAAAGAGAGGGCCCGGUCAAUCACGGAGAAAGAGAGGGCCCAGUCAAUCACGGAGAAAGAGAGGGCCCCGUCAACCGCAGAAACAGAGAGGGCCCUGUCAACCGCAGAGACAGAGAGGGCCCCGUCAACUGCAGAGAAAGAGAGGGCCCAGUCAAUCACGGAGAAAGAGAGGGCCCCGUCAACCGCAGAAACAGAGAGGGCCCAGUCAACCGAAGAGACAGAGAGGGCCCUGUCAACUGCAGAGAAAGAGAGGGCCCCGUCAACCGCAGAGAAAGAGAGGUCCCAGUCAAUCACGGAGAAAGAGAGGGCCCUGUCAACCACAGAAACAGAGCGGGCUUCUUCAACCACAGAGACAGAGAGGGCCCAGUCAACCACGGAGACAGAAAGGGACCCACUGGCCACAGUGACGGAACUGACCCCAAUAACUACAGAGACAGAGCGGGCUUUGGUAACUGUGGCAGUGGAGCAGGCCCCUGUGACCUUUGUAACCAUGGAUCCAUCCCAUUCAGUUGUGGAACUGAAUGAUCCAUCUCAUUCAAUUUCACAAAAUUUUCCUGGAAAAUCAUCAGACAUUCUUUCCCCUCCCUUUGACCCCAGUAACCAUGGACAACGAUCCCCUCACCCUGACCAUGGUCACCAUGGGCAACGGAUCCUUCACCCUGACCCAGAUAACUUUGGGCAACAGCUUCCUACACCUGACCCUGGUAACCAUGGACAACUUACUCCUACACCAGAACCCAGUAGCCAAGGAUUAUCUGCCCCUCCGUCUGCCCCACCCCCUCCCCCUCCCCCACCUCCUCCUCCCCCUCCCCCACCCCCUCCUCCCCCUCCACCACCCCCUGCCCUAGGAAGCUUUCAGUGCUCCACGUCCAGCCGGCGGUCUAGGCUACGACACUUUAACUGGGAUGCUCUCCCCCAUCACCGGGUGGUGGGCAAGCAAAAUAUCUGGACGACAGAGACGGGUCCUGAGCAGAUUGCUAUCGACACGCGGAGCAUGGAGGAGCUGUUCGCCCGCAAAGAGCUUGUCCCCACUGCUCGCAGAAGCUUCCGGGCCCGAUCGCCACAGAGGAGUAGCGACACGGAGAUCUCCAUUCUGGACGCUAAGAAAUGCAUGAACAUCGGGAUCUUCCUCAAACAGUUCAAGAGGCCCGUGGAGAGUAUUGUCGCUGACGUUCAGCGGGGGACGGGAGGCUCAUACGGGGCAGAGAAGCUCGUGGAACUCAGCAAACUGCUGCCUGACAAAGAAGAGGUGAAGAAGCUACAAGAGUUCAGCGGAGACCGGGGGCGAGUGUGUGAGGCCGAACGUUUUCUGCUGCUCUUGACUGAGCUGCCCAAUUAUGAGCAGCGUCUGCAGUGUCUGAUACUGAAGGAGGAGUUUUCACCACAGAUGGAGGCACUGAGGGUUGGAGUGAGGACCCUCACUGAGGCAGCUAGCGAGCUGCUCGGCUGUGAGGAGCUGCACACUGUCAUCCGACUGGUCCUGAAGGCAGGGAAUUACAUGAAUGCAGGUGGAUAUGCUGGCAAUGCCUUUGGCUUCAGGAUGGCGUCGCUGGUGAAGUUGGCGGACACACGAGCCAAUAAACCGGGCAUCAAUCUUAUGCACUUCGUGGUGAUGGAAGCUGAAAAGAACGACAAGAAAUUGCUGGAUUUCCCCAGUAAACUGCAGAAUGUGGCAGCGGCUUCCAGAAUUUUUAAACAGGACAUUGAGAAUGACACUGAGAAACUGAAGCACAAACUGCAAAUGGUGAAAGGAAAUUUCAGCAAAGUGCCUGAGAUCAGAGAGCAGAUGGAGGAAUUUGUCAAGGAGGCCGAGGGACGACUGCAGCAGCUGCAGGAGGCUCUGGACCAUCUGGAGAUGGUGAGCGGGCGUCUGGCUGAGUUCCUGUGCGAGGAUCAGUUCCGUCUCGAGGAGAGUUGCAGCAUCUUCCAGACCUUCAGUGAGAAGUUCCUCGCGGCCAGGGAGGAGAACCGACAACGACAGUUCAAGGAGAUGCGUCGCCGCCAGCGGGAGGAGGAAGCCGCGAAGCGCCUCUCCAUCGCCAGCUGCUCCUACUGGGAGUGUGGGCUACCUAACUCUGAACCUGACCUCCAGUCACUGCUGCUCCGCGACCGCCGCUCCUUACGCCAGCGGCCCAAGUCUGAGCGGUUACCCCGCAGCCAGUCACUGCGUCUGGUGAGUGACGCAGCUCAGGCCCCAAACACUGCCUCAGCCCCGACGCUAGCUCUUCGAGCUCAGGCCCCAGCCCUGGCCAUAACCCAGGUCUUAACCCGGGCCCCGGCCCCGGCACCAGCCCCAGCCCCUCCAUCUCCUCCAGCUCCAGCCCUAAUCCCGGCCCCAAAUCCAUCAGUAGUCCCUGCAGCCCCAUCCACGUCCCCGACCCCGUCCCCAGAGGAGGUGUUGCGACUCCGCCAAGUGUCAGAGCGUCUCCUGCGUCCACGGACAACCCGCAGGUUGGGGUCGGGACCCAGACCUGAGAGAUCGGGACCGGUGACUUGCUCGCCGCCCAACACCUCAGCUCCAGACCUGGACUCGACCCCUGCCCCCUCCUCGAGUCAUCCCCACGAUCAUUUGUCCCUGGCUGGAGCCCACACCCAGGCCGUUGCCCCAGCGCCUCCCACACUUCCAGUCACUGCAGCUACUGUGGCCUCACGGACCAGCUAUCCGCCCCUGGCCCGGCCCUCCCGCCCCUCCGCGGGCCGGAGCCUCUCUGCCGACGUCCUUGAGCCCUCCCGGGGCAAAGUCCAGCUCUCCCGAGGCUUUUCCGUGGACCGACCCAUGCUGCCCGCUGCCCUCAGCCGACCCUUGUCCACCUCCAUCUCCUCCAUUCUGAGGAGACACUCCUCCUCCUCCACACCUUCCCGCAGGCGACCCUCCACCCUCUUCCAGCGGCAGCCCUCCACCUCCUCCCCUGCCCCCACCCGCAAGAGACGUUCCUCUGCAUCCCGCUCCCUCAGAGCUGUGAAGCCUCUUGCAUCCGACAGGCCAGAGCAAGCAGAAGAGACGAAGGCCAUGGGGUCUGGCUUCUGGUCAAUUUCCAACCUCUUUGGCAAGAAGCCUCCCAAGGCAGUGGAUGGGGCAGGAGGAGCAGCGGCCGAGUCGGAGGCAAAGGAGUCGGCUGUGGCCCCCAGCAGGGGGGCAGGAUUCAUCAGUAGUCUGUUUAAGGGUUUCAGUGGCCACAAGGGCCCCAAGCACUAACCACCCAUCCCAGGGACCUUCGGAUCCCACAGGGGAGCCACCCGCACCAAUUCAAGCAGUGGAGGAACUGGGUAUCACUACCAGUUGCACAUGCCCUCGAGUUCAAAGUAAAUUUAUUGUCAAAGUACAUAUACUGUAUGUCAUCAUAGACAAUCCUGAGGUUCAUCCUUGUGGGCAUUCACAGUAAAUACAAGAAACGCAACAGAAUCAAUGAAAUGCAGAACAGAAGAUGGACAAACAAACAAUGUGCAAAGGACAACAAACUACAGAUACAAAACUAAGCCAAUAAUAAUAAUAAUAAUAAUAAAUAACGAAGCAGUAAAUAUCGGGAACAUGAAAUGAAAGUGAGUCCAUUGGUUAUGGGAACAUUUCAGUAAUGGGCAAGUGAGGAUGAGAUGUUAUCCCCUCUGCUUCCAGAGCCUGAUGGUUGUAGGGUAAUAACUGUUCCUGAACCUGGUGGUGUGGGACCUGAUGGUUGAGGGGUAAUAACUGUUUCUGAACCUGGUGGUGUGGGACCUGAUGGUUGAGGGGUAAUAACUGUUCCUGAACCUGGUGGUGUGGGACCUGAUGGUUGAGGGGUAAUAACUGUCCCUGAACCUGGUGGUGUGGGACCUGAUAGUUGAGGGGUAAUAACUGUUCCUGAACCUGGUGGUGUGGGACCUGAUGGUUGUAGGGUAAUAACUGUUCCUGAACCUGGUGGUGUGAGCCCUGAGGCUCCUGUACCUCCUUCCUGAUCACAACAGCAAAGAGAGACCAUGUCCUGAAUGAACAUCUCACUGUGUUCAUUACGUUUAAAACAGUAAGCUGUUAAAUGUUUUUAACAAUUCUGUGAAUAUUGAAUUUUGUACCAUAAGUUAUUGCGGCAAACAUUGAAAUGAGAGACUCUGCCUACGGCGCAUGGCCAGACUGCGGAUCUCAGCAGGAGUCGACAGAAUGUACAGACUGUGCAAGCAACUUUGGCAAUCCUUCUCCCCCUGAGAGAGGGCAGGGAUGGGUUGCUCUGCCCCCCAAGUGUGGGAUCAGUGCUGGGACUCUCCAUCUUCCCGAGAGUGGGCACUUGUUGACAAAACAACACACACUAAAUGCUGGAGGAACUCAGCAGGUCAGGCAGCAUUACUGGAAAUGAAUAAACAGGCAAUGUUAGUGUCAAAAGAGAAUACAAACUCAAUCUGAUUAAUUCCCACCCAAUCAGUUGGUCUACUCUCAGUCUCCAGCAGAGAGAUGGAAGCUGUCACCAGCAGAGUGGCCAGUGUGGGGUUUGAGUUUUACCAGAACCACUCAGCUCCAGAAACCGUUCCAGCCUUGGUGCCUUGGUCCAAGGUUGGCCCAACGGACUGAGACAAUAGUGACCGCUCCGUGUAUCAAGGCUGCAUUGAAUCGUGUGCUGUCAAUCCGGUUGGAUUGUAUCUUAAAGACAGCAGGGAGGUGAUUGUUAAAGGUUGUUCACCCCAGCCAUGUCCCAUGACUUUCUGAGGGCAUUGUCCCAACCUCAGCAUCUUUAUCUGCUUCGAACGACCUCCGUCAAAAAUGGCUGGAUGAUUGCACAGAGUUCAGUUUCAGUCAGAGCUUUUCAGCAGACAAAGCAGUCCAAUCUGGCCACAAAGGUUCAUGAGCCAAUGGAGACAAGUAGUAUCAGGUCACUAAAGUACCCAAAAAGACUCCAAAACCAGAAAGAGCUCCUGGUGACAUUCCACAACAUCGCUAUCAACUGUUACAUUGAUUAGAAACUCCACUCAGCCAAGUCCAUGAGGACUUUGGGCACAAAUUGGUCAAUCGGUCAGCUCUCGAUAAAAGAUCAACUUUAUUCACCAUAUACAGUACAUUGACAUCUAUUAGGAAUUUGCUGCGGUGUGUUGAUCAGGGUAUGAUAUGCAACACAAAACUACAUUCAACAAUUUGUAAAGAAUAAUAAAUUGUAUAAAAAUAAAGUUAGAUGUGUUGAAGUAUGAAUAUGGAGUAAUAUGUACAGAAAUACCAGGAUGUAUUUGCAAUGUUAACAGAGUUAUAAACAGUGGUUUAAAGUGUUUUCAGUGCAUUUGUAGUGUUAACACGUUCUUUGUAUGAUGUUCCACGGCCUUUCACACCUCCUAUGAGAGGUUAUUACACAGGCUUAGCUCCGUAGUGUGGGACCAGAACCUUCCUCUGCUUCACUGAGCUUCAGAACGCCUGUCGUCACGUACGCCUGUAGCCCUGAAUGUGCUAGUGGGCAGCAUACCCUUACAGACAUUUGGUACUGAAAGACCAGGAUGUUUUGGCCAGGACUAAGUCAGUCUGUCAGUAAGUCGCUGAUCUCCCAGCACCUGAUUUUCUCAGUAUGUGUCCCUGAGAACAGCCCGCAGAUCAGAGAAGCGGCAAGGGAUGAACCUUGCAUCCUUUCCCGGGCCUUCUUUGCAAAUCCACAGCUCACAAAGUGAGCAGUCAUCCCCAAUGGAGCCACCUUGAGGGUAGUAUGCACUGAGAAUGUGAUGACAUUUCUACAGGAAGGAUCUGAUGGGUGAUGGGUGGAUCUGACAGGAGAAAGGGGGAUCUGAUGGGUGACGGGUGGAUCUGACAGGAGACGAUGGAUCUGACGGGUGAUGGUUGGA